AAGAGGGAGCUUAAAACUUCCAAUGAUUUUUAUAUUAUAAACAAACGUCAAAAGAUGGCUCCUGAAAAGUCUCCAUCUAAAGAAAAAAUCUUACAAAUAAAAAGGGACACUUUAAAAAUUGUAGAAGCUUUGUUGGAAGAAGAGAUUUCUAAAGAAUGGUUUCUUCAAAACUGUUCAAAGUUGUGUCAGGCUGACUAUGAUGAUGUGGUGCAAGAGCGAAGUAUCACUCACCUAUGUGGCUAUCCAUUGUGUUCAAAUCCCAUUAAAAAUGUUCCACGGCAGCAGUUUAAAAUUAGCAAAAAUAAAGUAUAUGAUAUAAGUGAGAGAAAGAAUUUCUGUAGUAAUGAAUGCUACAAAGCCUCCAAUUUUCUGAAAGCUCAGUUACAUUCUCUACCACUCUGGUUAAGAAAACCUGAAAAAUCUUCAUUGGAAUUAAAACUUCUGUUGGAUUCUGAAAACAAAGGCAGUGCAGGAGAAGAACUUCUUUUCAAAUAUACUCUCAGCAAGACUGAAGUGGAACAAAAUCUUCACCAAGACCCUAAGCCAAUCCCAACUAUGAAUUUAAAUAAUAUGCUCCAGGAAGACAUAAAAGAUUGUACUGAACAUCUGGUUGGCUUAAAUAUUAAGGAAAAAGUGUAUAAGGAAAAAUUUAUAUUUGGCACAGAAAUGGUGAAAGAUCCUGAAAAUUCUGAUGAGGAAACUCUUUCUGAUUCCCAGAGUUCCGAUAGUGAUGAGGACGAUGAUAAACCAUCAUUUCCAGAAUAUGGCAACAUAGCCGCAUAUUCUAAUAAGCAUAUGCCUACAGAACUUGGAAAGAGAAAGAGAGCUGUGCUUAUACCACAGUUAAGAGCGCCUCAAGAACCCACCACAAAUAGUGCACAGCUUCCUAUCAAUUUCAUCGCCAAAAUUUUUCAAGACUGGUACACAGAAGACACACUAAAAUACUUAUUAGGUGAAAGGCAACUCUAUUCUAUUAAAGCUGAUCACUUAUUUAAAACUUUAGUGAACUCUACCGAUUCUGCUGAAAAUAUAUCAGCUGUCAAAGAAGAGUAUGUAAAUCUGUGUUUAAAGAUUGAUAAACUUCCGGAUGAAGAAGAAGAAGAUGAAAUCGGUGAAACUUUCGACACUGACAUUUGUGAUGUGAAGCGUGUUAAAGAAAGUGCAACAAAACAGGAAAAAAUGGAAAAACUUGCUUCGGACUUAAAGUUAGAAGCAACUAAAACUAACCUUAAAAGGAAAGUAAAAAGAAAAAGUAAAGGAAAAAAUGUAUCAUUUGCUUCCGGCACCAAACCUUCAAAACCAAUUAAUUUGCCUGAAGAAUCUGAGUCAACAUUACCUGAACCUACACUACCUUUAAUUGAUUCUCUGUCACAAGGUAUUCGGAGAAAGCAAAUUUUAACAACAAACCUAAAAAAUAUGUUUGCAAACGUACUCCCUAUUAUUGACUUGCACUACAAUACGAUUAAAGAAGAAGUUACAGAUUUAGUGGACACGUUUAGCCUGACACCAACCAAUACUGUUCUGAAACCGAAGCAAUUGAAAUGUGUAGCUGUUGUUAUUUUCCUGCUAUUAACUAAAACAAAAUUGAAAGAUUUGUAUCAAGAAGCUGAGUUUACUAAACUGUGUGAACAUGCUUUAACUUCUUUAAACAUUUCACAAAAAGAAGUAGAAGACCUUGUACUUGAUUUAGUAAAUCCAAAUCAAGUUUUGAAGUUACUAUAAGACAAUCAAUAUUACUUGUAAAUAUAUUUUGAAUAACUAACAUACUGUUUAUAUAAAAAUAAAUAUUUAUUGUUGGAA